UUUAGUGGAAGCACCCCCCUUGGCCUUUAUCACUAACACCGCUAGGCCUUGGCGGCAUAAAUCCGGGGUGGUGUCAAGGGAGGAGGUGCUUUCGCUUCGCUUGCUUCACGCUGGAAUGUGAGGUUGCUGGGGACAAGCCAGACCCCUGCAUAAUUUGAUUCCGGUGAAUAUCAGAACAUCGCCUGAUUGAUUGGGAAAACCAUGCCUCUAAGGAAAGAACUGUGCAGAAACUUUCAGCGCGGAAGCUGUCAGUACGGUGAAAGGUGUAAGUUUCUCCAUCCAACCCAGCAGCAGUCCCGGCCUAAUGCCUUUGGAUUUGGCAUGCAUGGUGGCUCAAACCAACAGCAAAAGCCUGGCAUGCAUGGUGGCUCAAACCAACAGCAAAAGCCCAAUCCUUUUGGAUUUGGCGUGCAUGAAGGCUCAAACCAACAGCAAAAGCCCAAUCCUUUUGGAUUUGGUGUUCAGGGUAGCUCUCAGCCAAGAGCAGCUGCUGCAUCGCAGCAUAACCAAUUUAAGCCUUUCGAAAACAAGUGGACUCGCUUCUCUCCUAUUUCUAAUGCUUCUGGCACUGCUUCCUAUCACUCUGAUAAUCAUAGUCAAUCGGGAAAUCACAAAUGCACAGAUCCAGAGUCCUGCAAACGAGUAAUUGCUGAAGAUUUUGAGCAUGAAAGACCAUCAUGGAAGCUUACAUGCUAUGGUCAUUGCAAAUAUGCUCCAUGUGAUAUUAGUGGCGACAUUAGCUAUGGAGAAUUGCGGGCUGCAGCAUAUGAUGAUGCUAAGCGUGGUUUGAGCUUGCAGUCAAUUGUUGAGAGGGAGAGGAAUGCACUUAACUUCAAAUUAAGUGAGUUCGAGAAUUUGCUACACAGCCCAUAUGUGGCUCCACCUUCCUCAACUGCAAGCCAAAGUGCACUCCUUGGUUUUGGGGCAAAUACAUUUUCAUUAUCAGCUCAAAAUACUGGCCAAUCUGUGGCCUCAAGUUUUGGUGCACCCCAUGCAUCACCUAGUGCUGGGGGAUCAAGUCCCUACGUGCCUUCAAACAAUGCAUUGGGGAGUCUAAAUUCUUCUUCAACUUUGCAGCAGACUGCAAAUGCAUUUGGACAAAGUUAUAUGUCCUCUGGAGUCUCACAACAAAUGCCGAAUUCAACAAACAACAAUUUUAACAUUGUUGUUGGACAAAAAGCUGUUGAUGAUCAACAAAAAAAUGAUGUGCAUAAGAGUGGGCGUGAAUCAAGAGAUGCCAGUGUUUGGCAGAAAGAGAAAUGGAGCCCUGGAGAGAUUCCUGAAGAGGCGCCUCCCGACAUAUUCAUUUAGAAGGCCAUAUUCAGAUGAUAGGCGUGACUGUCAAGUGUUUUAUUUUUAUUUUUAUUUUCUUUUAAGUACAUAGUCCGCAGAUAGAGUCCAACCAACCUUUUAUUGUCUUUUGCUUCAGCAUUUCAAGCGGCUUAGUAGGUUAAAAUGAUCAAAGAUCAGAUUUGCUUGUGGUGUUAGGAUGACGCAUCCAUGGGAUUCCGCAAUGUUUUGAGGGCUGUUCAUCCGUAAUGCUUAGUAUUAUAUUUGGUGGAAACCAUUGA